AUGAGGCGCGCGGAGCCUAGACGAUGCAGCGUUCACGGUGGCCUGGGGGCCCCGGGGGGGCUCUGGCUUCUUUGUUUCCUGCUGCUGAACAAGCGCCCAGGGGGCUGCAGCGGCAUUAGUGCCAACGAUGGACAGGACCAAGUGGGACCGGGACAUCUCUGACCUCUCCAAGGAUUUAUUGCCCCCAUCUUCUGGCCCUUGCAAGGUGUAUUCUAGCAGAUUUUUCCCCAAGAACUGUUCUGGAAGGAUGACAUCACCCAGGAUGUGAUGACCCAAAAGAUGGAGAAUGCCAGAUUCCACCCCCCAGAUCCCUGUCUGAGGGAUGGAAAAGAAGCCUUUCCCACCAAAACCACUGUGAGCCCAAUGGCCAAGGUGAACACGGACCAGUGCUUUACCUCCAAAGUAGUUUUGAAGGUCCUCAAACAAGAGGUGGGCAACCCCAACAAGACCACCUGUGGAAAUCCAUAUGAGAGAUCAGAGUGA